AUGUCAGUAGCUAUGUAUGCUGAAAAGCUUGAAGAUAUGGUUGCUUAUUCAAGACAAGUCGUGUAUGCACCAGAAGAGAAGUGGAAAAUUGAUCAGUUCCUUUUUGGUUUAAGAGGUGAAAUUUCUCAUAGUAUUUCUCAGAGAGAAUUCACUACUUAUGCUGAAUUGCUAAGGCAAUGCUAUGUGACUGAGAACAGUUUGAAGAAGAUUCAGGAAGAAAGAGAUCAAUAUAGGAUUAGACAGAAGGACCACGGAAGGUCAGUAUGUAAGAAGUCUCAUUUUGGAAGAUGUGCUGGAAGUGUGAUUAGGUGUUUUACUUGUCAGAGGGAGGGACACGUGGCUAAGGAUUAUCCUCGGAAUAAGAAUCGGAUGCAAGGGAGGAACAUCGGUCGAGUUUAUACUUUGGAUGCAAGGAAGGCUAAGAGCAACAAUGCUUUGAUUGUUGGUACGUGUCUCAUCAAUGAUCAUCCCUGUUUUGUAUUGUUUGAUUGUGGGGAAACACACUCUUUUGUAUCAAUUCAGUGUAUGAAGCGUCUUGACUUGCAAGAAAUUCCUUUGUCUCCUCCUAUGAUGGUUAAUACCGGCAUGGAUGAUGUGGUUGAGACACCGUUAAUUUGUGAAAAUUGUUCGCUUUCGGUGAAUGGUAGAAUUUUCAAGAUUGAUCUUAUUUGUUUACCACUUAAGAAGGUUGAUGUGAUUUUAGGGAUUGAUUGGCUUUCCCCUAAUUUGGUGUUUAUCGAAUAUGAAGAAAAGUUAAUCAUCAUUCAAUCUAGUGAAUCUACUCCAAAUGAUAUUGAAAAUAUAGUUAGAUAUAUUUGA